UUUCCUGCAACUGCGGGGGGUACAGUCAUUGUUGCCAGUUCAACACAGCAGAUGCAGUCACAUCCAGCCCAACAAUAUGCGUAUCCAAACACGAUGUAUACAGGCCAAGCUCAUCCUAUGCAUACAGAACAACAAUGGCCUGCAGCUACAACCCCACAACCACAUCACGAUGGAGACAUGUCUAAGCCUCAUAACUUGGCUUGA